AACACAGAAGAAGAAGAAGAAGAACAUCAUGGCUGCUGACUCCUAACACGAGGAUGUGUGACUUUACGCACAAAUAGAGUAUUUUAGCCUCGAUUAGCUGUCAGUAACGUUCAAUUGUUCUCUUUUUUUGUGUUCAUAUAAUUUGAAAAUGGGUGACCUGUCGUCCGUGGGUCUGUCAGACUGGCUGGUGAAGCAGUGUAAACAGCUGGGAAUCAACAAACCCACUCCAGUUCAGGAGAACUGCAUCCCAGCCAUCCUCGAAGGGCGUGACUGUAUGGGCUGCGCCAAGACUGGAAGUGGGAAGACGGCGGCGUUUGUGUUGCCUGUGCUGCAGAAACUGUCAGAGGACCCAUAUGGCAUCUUCUGCUUGGUGCUCACUCCUACCAGGGAGCUGGCCUAUCAGAUUGCAGAGCAGUUCAGAGUUCUGGGGAAGCCUCUGGGUCUGAGAGACUGCAUCGUCGUCGGUGGAAUGGACAUGGUGAGCCAGGCCAUGGAGCUGUCCAACCAGCCUCACGUGGUUGUCGCAACGCCGGGUCGGCUGGCUGAUCACGUCCGGAGCUCCAACACUUUCAACAUGAGCAAGAUCAAGUUCUUGAUUCUAGAUGAAGCAGACAGGCUGUUGGAGCAGGGUUGUACCGACUUCACCAAAGACCUGGAGGUGAUCCUGGGCAUCUUACCGGCCAAACGUCAGACGUUGCUGUUCAGCGCCACGCUCACUGACACUCUGCAGGAGCUGAAGAGCAUCGCCAUGAACAAGCCUUUCUUCUGGGAGAGCACGUCAGAAACGCGGACAGUGGAAGAGCUGGACCAGAGAUACAUCCUCACUCCAGAGAAGGUGAAGGACGCUUACUUGGUCCAUCUGAUCCAGACAUUCACAGACCAGCAUGACGACUGGUCCAUCAUCAUCUUCACCAACACGUGCAAGAGCUGCCAGAUUCUGACUAUGAUGCUGCAGGCAUUUAACUUCCCUACAAUCUCUCUGCACUCCAUGAUGAAACAGAAACAACGGUUCGCCAACCUUGCCAAAUUCAAGGCCAGUGUCUAUAAAAUCCUGAUUGCGACGGAUGUAGCUGCCAGGGGUUUGGAUAUUCCAACUGUGCAGGCUGUCAUUAACCAUAACACCCCCGGGGUUCCCAAGAUCUACAUCCACAGAGUCGGAAGAACAGCGAGAGCAGGGAGAAACGGAGUGUCUAUCACACUGGUGACACAGUACGACAUCCACCUGGUCCAUUCGAUCGAGGAGCAGACGAAGACGAAGCUGAUAGAAUAUCCCAUGGAGGAGAAAGAAGUCUUGAAGAUCCUAACACAGGUCAACGUGACCCGCCGUGAAUGUGAAAUUAGACUUGAAUCGACGGACUUUGACGAGAAAAAGGAGAUUAACAAGCGGAAACAGCUGAUCCUGGAGGGGAAGGACCCAGACCUGGAGGCCAAGAGGAAGGCUGAGCUGGAGAAGAUCAGGAGCCAGAAGAAGAAGUUUAAACAGAAAAUCCAAGAGAGCAUUCAGAGACAGAAACAUGGACAGCUGAAGAAGAAACAGACUAAGCACAAAAAGGCAGAGUUGACCGCUUGAUAAAAGCUGCCUGAUGUAUAUAAGUUUUAUUUCUGUAGAAUAUCUGGUGCAAAUAAACUUGAAGCUCAAAUCGA